GGGUAGAGGUAGUGAUGUUGGGCUUGAUGAUUUUUUUAGUAAUGGAGGUAAUGGUGUUGGGCUUAAUGUUGGGCUUCUUGGUAAUAGCGGUGGAGAUGGUGGUGGAUUUGACGAGUAUGGAGAUGGUGAUAGAUUUGACGAGUGUGGAAAUGGUGGUAGACUUAGCUGGUAUGGGUCUGACGGGUGUGGAGAUGGUAGUAGUAUCAUCGACAGCAACAGGCAUCAAUUUAUUAUUGGAAAACAAAUUGAUAUUUUUGAUACGGGUCUUUUUUGGUAG